GUUCCACAUAAGACCAAACCUCCAUCUUCAGCAACUCAAAAGGACUGUAGCUUCUGUCGGGGUGAAACAGCACAUCUUUUUCAAGCAUCAUGAGCGUGAAGGAAAAGGAGCCGCAAGAGCCAUGCUGCUCUAAAUUAAAGAUGUUUCUGGCCUCCCUGUCCUUUGUCUACUUUGCCAAAGCAUUUCAAGGCAGUUACAUGAAGAGUUCCAUAACUCAAAUUGAGAGACGUUUUGACAUUCCUAGCUCACUAAUAGGAGUCAUUGAUGGCAGUUUUGAAGUUGGUAACCUGCUGGUGAUAGCAUUUGUUAGUUACUUUGGUGCUAAGCUCCAUCGGCCCAAGUUGAUCGCAGCUGGGUGUCUGUUCAUGACAACAGGAUCCCUAAUAACUCUUCUUCCCCAUUUCCUGCAGGGCCCGUACAAAUAUGAAACAACAAUUACACAUUACCCUGAGACCAAUGUGACAAAACCUGUUCUACCUUGUUUAGCCAAUGGAACUAAUCCUUUGGAGGAUGAGCCACCCUCUGCAGAAAGUCAAGCAGAGUGUGAGAAAACAGCGGGGUCAUCCAUGUGGAUCUAUGUAUUUCUGGGGAAUAUGUUGCGUGGAAUUGGAGAAACCCCAGUAAUGCCCCUGGGAGUAUCUUACUUGGAUGAUUUUGCUCGAGAGGAGAACACAGCUUUUUACCUGGCAUGUAUACAGACAAUUGGAAUCUUGGGCCCUAUGUUUGGAUACAUGCUGGGCUCUUACUGUGCCAAGCUCUACGUGGAUAUCGGUUCUGUGGACUUAGCCACCAUAACUAUCAACCACAAAGACUCACGAUGGGUAGGGGCGUGGUGGCUCGGCUUCCUGAUAACGGGGGCUGUAAUGUUGUUGGCUGGGAUUCCAUUCUGGUUUCUUCCCAAGUCUCUGCCAAAGCAAGGAGAGAAUCAGGCUAAGACAAAUCCAGAUACACAGGAGAGUGAGCAGGACAAUUUCAUACCAACAGAAAACAGCCCAGGAACAGAAAAACCAACACAAGUGACGAUGGCUGCCCUGGCCAAAGAUUUCCUGCCAUCUUUGAAAAGACUGUUCAGUAAUACUGUGUUCCUGCUGAUUAUCUGCACUGCACUUGUGCAAGUCAAUGGCUUUAUUGGAAUGAUCACUUUUAAACCCAAGUUUAUGGAGCAAACCUAUGGCCAGUCCCCCUCAAAGGCUAUAUUUUUGAUAGGCAUUAUGAAUCUCCCUGCUGUGGCCUUGGGAAUCAUCACAGGAGGAUUUGUGAUGAAGAGAUUUAAGCUGAAUGUUCUUGGGGCGGCCAAAGUUUCAAUCUGUGCCUCUUUCUUCUCCUUCUGUCUUCUGCUUUCGCAAUAUUUCCUUCAAUGUGAAAAUGGACAAGUCGCUGGACUGACUGUCUCUUACCAGGGUGAAGCAGAGAUUUCAUAUAACCCACAUACUCUUCUGUCCCCGUGCAAUACGGACUGUUCAUGCUCUAUUAAGCACUGGGACCCUGUGUGUGCCUAUAAUGGCAUUACUUAUGCCUCUCCCUGUCUGGCUGGAUGCCAGACCUCCACUGGUGUCGGCAAAGAGAUGGUAUUCCAUAACUGCACGUGUGUAAGAGAUGCACCAAUAUCUGCCAUGAAUAUGUCAGCCAUUCUUGGUCAGUGUCCACGGAAAGAUGACUGUGACAGGAUGUUUAAGUUUUACAUGGGCGUAUCAGUAGUGGGGGCUUUUGUGUCAGCCUGUGGAGCUACACCUUCAUAUAUUGUCCUACUCAGGUCAAUACAGCCUGACUUGAAAUCACUUGCUCUUGGUAUGCAGACUUUGAUAGUCAGGACCCUUGGUGGAAUUCCUCCCCCAAUAUAUUUUGGUGCCCUGAUUGACAGGACCUGUCUGAAAUGGGGCACAAAAAGAUGUGGUGGUCAAGGGGCAUGUCGACUCUAUGACUCUGAUGCAUUCAGAGUCACUUUUCUGGGGUUGAUCUAUGGCCUCUACUCCCUCUCCUAUCUACUGUGGGGAGUACUGUACAAUAGACUUGCCCAUCGUCAGAAGAAACUUGCCCUAAAAGAACAGGCCAAAGCUGCAGAGCAAGACAGAAAUGCUGUCACCAAUGGGAAUGGCCACACAGAUGUAGCAAACCAUAAGAACGAACAAGAUAAGGAGACCACCAUCUAAGGUUCUGUGUUGACAACUCAUCUGAGAGAGUCAUGCAAUGUGGCUGUCACUCAUUCCAAUUAUAUGCAUAGUGAGUAUAAUGAGUAAUGCUGUUAGUUGAUCAAGUAGAUUUCAUUAUUUUCCAUAGUUAACAACUGACAGAAUUAUCAGUUUUAUACUGGGCCCAGUAAACAUACAAAGCUUUAAAGGAUCACUCAUUAUACUACUUGAUUAAGGCAAUAAAAUACCUUGGUAAUAAAAUAAAAUAAAAUAAAAUAAAAUGGUAGUCAACAGAUGAUAAAUAAUGAUAAAUAAACCUAAUUACAUCCAGUAAUGGUUACAGUGGUGGCACACAAUUGUUGCAUUUAAUGCUGUUUGGGCUCAUGGUCCAUGGCUGCAGGUUUGAAAUGUCUAAAGCAUAAACAAUGCUCUGUAUACUUGACUGUUGUCAGGUGAAAUGCUUUUAGAAAACUGUGAUUUUUUUUUUAAAUACAAGUAUACAUACAGUACAUUCAGUCUCUCUUGGCUGGUUACCAAGAAUGAAAAAAAAAUGAAAAAUCUUUUGUUGAUAUCAUUGCUCUGUUUAUACCCAGUCACACCUCUGCAUUAUUAAUGUACAGAAUUUGCCUGUAAGAAAUAUAUCUCAUCACAGUGUUUCUUUUGCACCUAGUACUGUGUCCAACAUUUUGCUUUACUGAUAAAAUAUUUGUCUAAUGAUUUGGUUGAAACCAUUGUCGCUAAGGAUGAUCUGGUCAACCACCAGAGGAUUCUACAUGUUUUUCUUGUUACAUCUUCCUUUAUUCAAGGUCAUUUCUAAUUGUUUAUGCUGACUGUUUAGAUCAGGUCAAGAUGUGUUAUAAUGUUUCUCUGGGAUGUUUUACAUUCUGCAAAAGUGUUUUGUAGAACAACCAUGAACUGCUAGAUCAUUGUGAAUCUGAGUUUUGUAUGUACUGAUUCUUUUGAUUCUGAUUGAUUAUAAUGUAUAUUUGUGAUAUUGUUGUUAGCUACCAAGCUUGUGGCAUUUUAAACCUUUGUUUUUUCUGACAUUUCCUACAUUUUCAUGGAUUCCUACAGCACUCAGCAGUUCCUAUUAAACCAUCCAAAAAAACAAGUGCAUGUCAUAUGACGUAGCAAUAUUCCUCCAGGAACUGAAAGAGUAACUGACAUCCGCAAUGUUUUCUUUUUUCACUUUUCUUCUCUCUGAUUGUGAAUAUCUGAAACCAAGUCAUGCAGAGAUGGAAAGCAAUACAAUGGCAAACCAAACAGACACGCAAGGAAACAAAACAAACAUUUAACACACGUCUCCUAGCACUGACUUUAUAUUUCUCCAUGGAUUUUAAGAAUGAAAAACAAAAGAAUUGAUCUACUCCUUUUACACCCUCUAAGCUAAUUACAUCUAGCAAGUUAAAAGGUAUUCAUUUAUGAUGAAUACAAUAAUUAACUAUGAUGAAAAAAAAAAUCAGAACAGAGUGUUUUCACCCUUAGUUCAGAGCAGGAAUGUUGUGCUUCUUAGGGGUUCUUAAAUCUUAAUCCCUCUCUCUCCCCCUGGGGGAAAAAGCUGCUUGGGUAACUCAACUGCCUUAACCACAUGCUGCUAACUGUGCUAAUAACACAUUCCCCUGCUUCAGACCCUCUCCUAGCAGCUGGAACCCAGUGGGGCACUCUGACUAAUUUUGCCCCCAUCAAUGUCUAAUUCAGUUUUAUAACAAGCGAGGUACAUCAUGUAACAGACUGAAAGUUUGUAAAACAAAGUGCUUUUUUUUCUGCCUUCAGUUCAUGUCUCAAGAAUUGCUCAUAAAUAGCAAAUGUUAUCAAAAAA